CUAUACUUCUACUCUUUGGCUUUAUCCACAAUCAGAGGAGAAUAGUACCAAUCUUGUAAAACAUUUUUGUGUGAACAGGGUUUGGUCUGAAAGAGGGGAAUGAUGACCACUCUUUCACAUGUACCCUUUGUGUCUGGGCUGUGUAUAGGAUUUCUGUCUAUUCAAUACUUUGUUUACUCAGACCACAGCACUGCAAAACCAGCUGUUUUCUCACUGGGUAACUCCAGUGGAGUUCAUUAUGACAAAAGGGUUCCAAGACACAUACACUCAGAUGAGGACAGGAGUGUUGCAGCCAACCUGUCCCAAAAUGUACGACUACUAUGUUGGAUCAUGACUGGGCCUAAGAACCUGGAGUCCAGAACCAAACACAUCCGGGCCACCUGGGCCAAACGAUGCAACAAAAUCCUCUACAUGAGCUCAGUGGAGACAGAAUUCCCCACGGUGGGGCUCAACGUAACCGAGGGAAGAGACCAGCUCUACUGGAAGACCAUCAGAGCCUUCCAGCACAUCUACCAAAACCACCGCAACGAGUACGACUGGGUCCUCAAAGCCGAUGAUGACACGUUCAUGGUCAUCGAGAACCUCCGAUACACAUUGUCCAAACAGGACCCGGAGAAGCCUGUAUACUUUGGGCGAAGGUUCCGCCCGUUCGUCCACCAGGGUUACAUGAGUGGUGGAGCCGGCUAUGUCCUCAGUAAAGAAGCCGUCAGAAGGUUCAUCGAGGGAUUCAACACUGGGAAAUGUUCCCACAUCUCCACCAUAGAAGACAUGGCUCUGGGGAAGUGUAUGGAGACAAUGGGUGUGGAGCCGGGGGACUCUAGAGAUGUGAAGGGAAGGCAGACGUUUCAUCCCUACCCACCACACAACUACCUCAUCAAAGAGCCACCCAGAAAACGGCCCUGGUAUCUCUUAUACGACCACUACAAACCCAGAGAGGGCCCAGAAUGUUGUUCAGAUCACGCCGUAUCAUUUCACUACAUCUACUCUGUAGAGAUGUACACCCUGGAAUACCUCACCUAUCAUCUACGGCCCUAUGGAUACAAGUACAGGUACAACCCUGAUGCUGCAGCAGCUGAAAUUGAGAGUAACCCCACCACACCUGUCUCUGCUUAACACAGAGAUAUCACAGAA